AUGGAGAAAAUAUUACAAUUGGAUGAACCGUUAGAUAUCCCACUUUUUGAUGAGGUAGUAUCUGUUUUCUAUGAAGGGAAAGGAACUUCUCAAGAACAGAGAGUGGCUGGUGAAAUAUUGAGUCAGUUUCAAUCUUUACCAAAUGCAUGGUUACAAGUAGAUAAAAUAUUGGACUCUUCAAAUAAAUUACAAAGUAAAUUUAUUGGGUUAAAUAUCUUGGAGCAAUUAAUCACAACUAAAUGGAAUUCUCUACCAAAAGAACAGCAGUCAGGGAUUUGGAAUUUCUUAAUAGGAAUGAUUUUAGCGUCAAGCAAUUCAAAUACAAAUAUCGAGUUGACACAUAAAGCAGAUUAUGUUCUAAUUCAAAUCUUGAAAAGAGACUGGAAUGAAUCUUUGAUAAAAGAUCUGAUUGAGAGUUCCUCGGCGUCCUUAUCCCUAUGUCAAAACAAUAUGUACAUACUUAGAAUUAUAGCAGAAGAAAUACUUGUUAACAAUAAUAGUGGUAGUAGUGAUAGUUUUGAAGAAGUUGAUUUUACAAUUUCAAAAGAUUUGACGAAAGCAAAAAUAUUCAAAUUGAAAAAUGCUUUAUUUAAGGAUUUCCAAUUUAUUUUGAGGUUCUGUUAUGAAGUGCUUAACAAUGUCACCUUUGAUUCCAACUCAAAUAAUAUAAAAGAUAUAAUUUCGUUGGCUAAUAGCACCAUAAUCACUUUAAAUAGAUAUUUGGCUUGGCUGCCCAUUAAAAGUGUUAUGGAUUCAGAUAUUGUUACUCUUUUAAUUGAAAAGUUUUUAGUGCAAAAUGGCACUAGAUCAAAUACUUUAAAAUGUCUAACUACUUUAUUCAAUAUUAAAAACCCUAACUAUGUAUCAGGUAUUCCUGAUUUUGAAACGACGAUAAUCCAAUAUUUUAAUUAUAUUCUUCAAAUCAUCAGCAACAACUGCAACGACAAUACUAAUAACAAUAUCCUUUUUCUAGAAUCUAGAACAAAUUUCAAUGAUAUAUAUCAACAAUCAAAAUUAGAAGAUCAACUAUUUAUACAAGAUUGGGAAAUAUUUUUGUGUACAUUUUUGCAUUGUCAUAGAUCAAUUAUAGAAGGGAUUUGUAAAGAUUUAGCACCCCAGUAUAAUAAACUUCUUUUAAAAGCACAUCAAUACAUCUUACAAAUGACUACAAUAAACGAUAAAGAGAUAUUUAAAAUUGCUUUAGAUUACUGGCAUGAUUUAGUCUCUUCAUUAUUUAUUGAAAUCGAAAAUUAUCCAUUCAAUCAAAUUAACCCAUAUAUGGAUGAAGUAUCUUUAGGCACUGGUGCACUAAAUCCAAGUCUUUUGAAACAACUCCCUUUAAAAAGAAAUUUUUAUUCUGAAAUUUGUUCCAAGCUACGUGAAAUUAUUAUUAAUUGCAUGGUAAAACCUGAGGAAUUUCAAAUUACAAUGACAGAAGAUGGGAAUUUCGUCAGAGAGGUGUUUACUGAGACUGAAAAUAUUCAACUGUAUGAAACUGAAAGAGAAGUCUUGGUAUUAUUGACUCAUUUAGAUGUAGAGGAUAUGGAAAAUCUUCUCUGGAAGCAACUAGUACAAUUAAAAGAAAACAAUAUACUCUUCAAAAAUAGUGGCGAACACUUUAAUAAAAUAUCGUGGGCUAUUGGUUCAAUUUCUGGUACUAUGAGAGUGGAGACGGAACAAAAUUUUCUUAUUAAAAUUUUAAAUCUAUUUGGUGAACUUUAUAUGGCUUCUUUAACUAAAGAACAAAUUAUAAUAUACUCUUCCAACAUCAUGUAUAUUGUAGGUCAAUAUUCAAGGUUUUUGAAAAACCAUUGGUCAUUUUUCUACAAAGUUAUGCAACAAUUAUUUAGUAUGAUGCACAAUGAAAAUGAUGCUAUUCGUGAUAUGGCAUGUGAUACAUUUUAUAAAAUAAGUUCUAAAUGUAAAUAUCAAAUGGUGACCAUGCAAGAGUGUGAUCAAGAAAAUAAGCCUUUUAUUAGAGUGAUUUUAGAGGAUAUGCCAAAUAUUGUACCGGAUUUGAACUCCAGUCAAUUAAACAGAUUCUUUGAAACAUGUGCAAUGAUCAUCAAUCAAGAGCAAGAUUUUUCAACUCUAAGAGAUCUAACAGUAAAAUUAAUGAGAAAUGAAAAUUUGACUUGGCAAAGAAUAGUGUCACAAUUUCGUCUAAAUUCUAAAUUUUUUUUAGACCUAAACAAAAAUGACUCUGACGUCAAUGAGUUUAAUAAUUGCCAAGCCUUGAUUCACGUAUUGAGAAUCAAUAUAUCUGUAUCUAAAGCUUUGAGUUAUAAUUACUUUGAACAAAUGCAAUAUAUUUAUUUAGAUAUGCUAGAUAUUUAUGUUAAUAUCUCAAGUUUAAUAAAAGAUGCUAUCCAACAACAAACUAGUAAUAAUACUAAUAACAAUAACAAGAUAAUAGAAACUCCACAGAUAAGACUGUUUAGAAUUAUUAAAAAAGAAAUUUUAAGAUUAAUGCAGUGUUUUAUCCAAAAUACAAAAGAUUCUAAAAUUAUUAUUCUGGAUAUUUUAACACCUUUUAUGAAUGCAACUCUAAGUGAUUAUCAAAAUAGUCCUUCUGAGUUAAAGGAAUACGAAUUAUUAAAAUGUUUAACCAUCAUAUUACAAAAAUGUGGUGAUCAGUUAAUUAAUCAUGUAAUACAACUAUUUCCCUUAGUUAUCGAACCUACAUUGAUGAUGAUUAACAAAGAUAUGAUCAGUUAUCCAGAUCACAGAAGAGAAUAUUAUGAAUUACUAAAUGCUAUCGAUAAGAAUUGUUUCCAAGUAUUUUUAGAGUUACCAAUAUGUAGUUUUAAAUUAUUCUUUGAUUCAAUCUGUUGGGCAAUGAAACAUACAAAUAGAGAAAUUGAAAGCCUUGGUAUUGACAGUGCAUUAAUUAUGUUGAGUAAUAUUGAUACUCAUUAUCGUGAUACAAACAUUUUUAAAGUAUUCUUCCAAGAGUAUUAUCUUUCUUUAAUAAAUGAAACUUUCUAUAUUUUAACUGAACCAGAUCAUAAAUCUACAUUCACUGAACAGUCCAUGUUAUUAACGAAACUAAUAAAUUUAUCAUUCAAUGAUGAUAUAUCUGUGUCUAUCUAUGAAAAAAUUAAUGGUAUAGCACAAGAUACUACAAAUAAAGACUAUCUUAUGCAAUAUAUGGCCAAGCUAUUGUUAUCUGAAUUUGAUAACUUGAAGGAAGAACAAGUUAGAACGUUUUUAAAUGUAUUAGUUACUGAGAUAGGAGACUUAGAUUUGUUUAAGACUACAUUAAGAGAUUUUUUGGUUCAAAUCAAAGAAAUGGAUGGUGAUCCAACAGACUACUUAUUCUUCGAAGAAAGAGAAAUGGAACUUAAAAUGCAACGUAAAUCUAAAGAGGAAAGAGCAUCUAGAAUUGCAGGAUGGGCACGUUCUUAUUAA